AUGUCUCAGACCCAACUCCUUGUCAUGGCCUCUGGCAAUGGCUCCAACUUUCAGGCAAUCUUGGACGCCUGUGCGGACGGCCGCAUCCCCAACACGCGUGUCUCCAAGCUCAUCGUCAACAGAAAGACGGCAUACUCACUUCAGCGCGCCGAGAAGGCGGGCGUCCCGUCUGAGUACUUCAACCUUGUCGCUCACGGCUAUCAAGCAAAGGGGGAGAAGGAUGCUGCCCGCAUCAAGGAGGCUCGCUCCCGCUACGACGCCGACCUGGCCGCCAAGGUUAUUGAGGAGAAGCCUGAUAUGGUAGUCCUUGCUGGAUGGAUGCAUGUCUUUGCGCAAUCCUUCCUCACUCCUCUUGAGGCCGCUGGUAUUCCGGUUAUAAACCUGCACCCGGCUCUUCCUGGCCGAUACAAUGGAUCCAAUGCAAUCGAGCGAGCCUAUGCUGACUGCCAGGCUGGUACUCUCGAAAGAGGUGUCACAGGCAUCAUGGUGCAUUAUGUGAUUGCUGAGGUUGAUAUGGGAGAGCCCAUCUUGACCCAAGAGGUUCCUUGCUCCAAGUCUGAUACCCUUGAGGAUCUUGAGACACGGAUGCACGCCGUCGAGCAUCAGCUCCUUGUGAAAGCCAUCGCUCAGCUAGUUCCUAAGAUUGCCGCCAAAAAGACAUCAUGA